AUGGCGCAGUGCGUGCGUCGGCUGGUGCUGGCGGCGACGCUCGCCGCUGCGGUGGCGCUGCUGCUGUGCACGAGCAGUGCGCCGGUGGCGCGUGCUGCUGGGACGAACGACUUCACUGAGGAGCAGCGGACGCACACGCUGGCGGUGCUGCAGGCGUUUGGGCGUGCGAUCCCUGAGCUUGAGAAGAAGUGGACGGGCAACGACUUCUGCUCGUGGGAGUUCAUAGUGUGUAAUGUUAUAGGUGUGAAUGUACGGGGAAUCAGUCCGACGUAUGCCGGCACGCUGCCGGAGGUGCCUGAUAACGUCAGCUACAAUAACGUUGUCAUUCAGCAGCUCGACUUUUCCGAAAUGAGGCUGGGGCUGAGCGGGACGCUGCCGCCCCAGUGGAGCUCGAUGAAAUCGCUGAUUUUUAUCAAUCUGCAAUACACGAAGGUCUCCGGCACGCUGCCGCUCCAGUGGAGCUCGAUGACAUCGCUGAGCCUUCUCAAUCUGCGGGGCACUCAGGUCUCGGGCACGGUGCCGCCCCAGUGGAGCUCAAUGACAUCGCUGAGCCUUCUCAAUCUGGAUUACGUGAAUGUCUCCGGCACGCUGCCGCCCCAGUGGAGCUCGAUGACAUCGCUGACCUUCCUCGAUCUGCUGGGUACUCAGGUCUCCGGCACGCUGCCGCCCCAGUGGAGCUCAAUGACAUCGCUGAGAACUCUCGAUCUGGGGGAUACUCAGGUCUCCGGCAGUCUGCCCCCGGGAUGGAGUGAGCUGAAAUCGCUGAGCCUUCUCAAUCUCAAUGGCACAAAGGUCGCUGGGACUCUGCCGCACGAGUGGUCGUCGAUGACGUCGCUGACCGCUCUGGAUCUUGUGGGCACUCAGAUCUCCGGCAGUCUGCCUCCUCAGUGGAGCGCGAUGUCAUCGGUGAGCCUUCUGAAUCUGAAUGGCACAAAGGUCUCCGGCACUCUGCCGCACCAGUGGUCGUCGAUGACGUCGCUGACCGCCCUGUAUGUGCAGGGAACUCAAGUCUCCGGCAGUCUGCCGCCCCAGUGGAGCUCGAUGACAUCGCUGAGCCUUCUGAACCUGAAUGGCGCAAAGGUCUCCGGCACGUUGCCGCCCGAGUGGAGUGGGAUGUCGGAGGCCGCAUACUUCUGGCUGGAACACUGCGACCUGUCCGGCAGUCUGCCGCCUGAGUGGUCGUCGAUGCCAAAGCUGCGCGGUAUCUCACUGAGCGGCAACCACUUCUGCGGGUGUGUGCCGGACUCGUGGGCCAAGAAGGCUGGUCUCGUUGUCCAAAUCGAGGACAAGCACAAGGGCAGCGACUGCUUGGCUGCUAAGGAGUGCACAAGGACAACGACCAGCACUGAGGCACCGGCUGAACCCACAACCACCACUGAGGCACCGGCUGAACCCACGACCACUGCUACCCCAACAAACACGCCGACUCCUGCACCAGAGACGGAGUGCGAGGUGGAUGGGUGUGAGGUGUGCGAGGGGGACUCCGCUGCGAGGUGCGCGAGGUGCCGUGAGGACUACUUCCUGACGGACGAGAAGACGUGCCUGAAGCACAACGAUGGCGGUGUUGCUGCUGUGUCGAGCGGAGUGGCAGCAGCAGCUGUUGUGUGCGUGGCUGUGCUGUUUAGCGUGGGGCUGGCGGCGUGA